AUGUCUCGCUCACCUUCUCCGCCUCCCAAGACUACCAUCGACCGCCAAACCACCACGCCUUUCCUGCUGAAUUUCUGCUAUCGCGCAUCCGCUUUCCACAGCCUAGCGGACUUUCCGGUGCCGACACCCUCGAAUCCCCAUCCACAUCUACCGUCGCACCUGCAGAUCUACACAUGGAUGAGCUGUACGUUACGGGAGCUCGCGCUUCUGCUGACACAAGCACUUCCAAGCAUUUUACCUGACCCCGCCAUUGGCACGAGGCUGAGCUUCAGAUUGGUCUAUCCUGACUUACAUGCCGGCAGAGGCGGUGGAGGGAGACUUGAGAGUGAAGGAAGGGGUCGAUAUCUGAGCAAAGAGAUGGGCAGUGUGGUGGUCGCGGUUCCGGAGAACCCCAACGACAAUGGCCCUGGAGCCAUUCGUUUGCAAGGCGAGGAGGCAGACAAAACGCUGGAAGAAGCGCGCUUUGUUAUCGGCGACUUCAUCGACUGCGCUGUCUUUCCUCCGCUGAGCGAUGGCAGCGUGGUCUCUAGCGGAAGCGUUACUGCGAGGAGCGGCGCCAGAGAAAACGGCUACGGGAGGGUCAGAGGUGGUGGCUAUGGACUGAGCAGUAGAGGCAGCUACAUUGGGUAUGGACCAAGAGGCGGCGAUUUCGGAGGACCUGCCACAAUACCAAGCGGUGAGUGGAGGCGAGGAGAGCGGCUACCCGAGCCCAGUGGCUUCCGAGGCGGAAGAGGCGCCAGACGAGGCUAUUGA